AUGUUCUCCCAUGGUUCGCAGACAAGCGACAGCAACACUUCGGAGCAGGAGGAGGAGAAGGAGGAGGGGAAGGACCUCGAGGUGCUGACGGUUCAGGUGGCGCUAAUGUCCGGGCAAGAGCUGGAGCCUGUGCGCAUCGUCGCCACUCAGAAGGUGAUCUUCAUGUGUCAGGAAGUCUUGCGCAAGCUGUGUCCAUCGGUACAGCGAAUCAGUUUGCUGCACGAAGGGAACGUCCUCCCCAUGCAAGCAACCGUCGGAUCCUGCUUGAGAGAUGGGGAUGCGGUGAUGGUCCUCGUGCGGCCCAAUGCCUUUAUGCUGCAGCAGGCCGACCUCGACACAGGCUUGUCAACCCGUCUCCUCGAUGGGGCGCGCUGGGUGGGCGAAACCCUGGUCCUGGACAGCGUGCUGGCAUGCGCCGCUCCUCGCUGGGAUGUUGUUCCUGACAUGCAGAAGAACUUUGCAGUGGAAGCAACCAUCAAGCUGUUUGAAUGGCCUAUGCCUGACUGGAAAGGAAGCAUCGUUUCACAGCACGGAAGUGGCACAGGCUGGGAGCUGCGCUGUGGAGGAUCAGGUGUGACGGCGCUUCUCACCACUUCACAUGGGGGGCACAACGAGCUGACUCUGAAGUGGAAGCGGCGGGAUACAGGGGCGUGGCAUCAUGUCUGUAUGAUCUACGAAGCCGAAAUGCACCAGCUCACAGUGGUGUGCGACGGUGUGGAUCGUGCCAGCAAGAAAGUGUACGGAGAUUUCCAACCUCACGAUGAUGUGGUGCACGUUGGCAGGAACCCGGAGUGGGCGGACAGGGGCAUUAUUGGAGAGAUCCGAAAUGCUGCUGUUUGGCCGGAUGGCUUUGGCUUCGGACUUGAAGAUCUUCCGUCCAGGGCCCGUGCAAGGAUUGAGGAGGCGAAGGCUUCGCAGGCUCCGGAUCGAGAGGAGACCUCCGGAGAGCUGAAGACCGCGGAGCCGACGGUGUAG